AUGAUCUCGUCAACCUUUUUGAUCGCUCCUCUUGUUCUUGCUGCAACCACCAUCGCUCGGCCUGCCAACCCGUUCGUUGCGCGUGCCACCGCUGACGUCCGUCUGAGCGACUGGGCUUCGCAUUCGCCCCCGUUGGAGUCGUACUGGACAUUCAAGAACCGCUUCCGCUCGUUGGGUUGCGCGUCUCAGCAGGGCACAGACUUUUACACAAACUGCUGUUACCCUCUCGAUGCAACCCAGUCGUUGGCUGACCGGCCGGCUGAGUGCACGCCGGCGAGUUCUUGGUGCUCCGCCUCCGUCCAAGCUCAAGCUGUGACGCCGAGCUCGAGCUCGCCUGCUCCCGCUUACACCGACUCAAACGCUGGAAGCAAUAACAACAACAACGGGUACGUGGAUUCCGUGGAUGACGAUGAGAACUUGCCGCUCUGCGAGGACCCCAACGACGAUGGCGAAUGGCACGAUGAUGAUUACGAUGCAUAUACCUUUUCUUCUUCCGAGCCCCCUGCGACGUCGUCGUCGUCCUCCAAUUCUACCCCUGAUGACCACGAUGCUCAUGCCUUUUCUUCCGAACCCGCUGCGACUUCGUCGUCCAGCUAUACGCCAGAUCCCGUUCCUACCCAGGAUCCGCAGCCCGAUUACAACAGUGGCAACACUGGUUCGCCUGACAAUUCGAACAACAAUGGCGGAAACACUGGCAACACUGGUGGCAACACUGGUGAGGUAUACACCAACGCUUGGGCCACUUACUUCUGGCAAGGUGGAAAUGCAGGAGCGUGCGGUAUCUAUCACGCCGACAGCGAUUUGAUCGCCGCGUUGGACACCCGCAUGUUUGGCACCGACUAUAGUCGCCCAUCCUCUUGGUGCGGUAGAAGGGUUCGUGUGACCAACACACAGAACGGCAAGACUGUCGACGUCGUGAUCCAGGACGCAUGCCCCACUUGCGAUACUUCCACCUCUCUGGAUCUCAGCCACGGCGCAUUCUUGGCCAUUGCUCAGGAGUCUGAGGGCCACGUUCCCAUCACCUGGAGCCCCCUCUACUAA